AUGGCAAAUCCUGUGCAAGCUCAAGGCACCGUUUAUGUUCCUCAGUAUCCAAACUGGGGGUGGGAGCUGCCGUCCUGUCGUGCCCGUCCGCUUGAGCAAGGCCAGGGUCUUCCUUACCUUGUUAAACAUAUCAGUCAAUCCCACAAUGACUUUGAUUUUGUCCUCCACCUCCUGGAGGUCGCGAGUCGUUUCUACCUACCACCACAGCUAGCCACACAGCAUAUGCUUCUGCCACCGCCGAGGGAUCUAGCGUCGAUUCGAUUGCCCCUCCACCGCAACUGGCAACGAGUGUUCAUCAUGAAAGAACUACCCGCGCAGACGAAGCAGCCACUGGAGCAAGAGCUGGCACAAUACAUUGAUCAGAAGGGCAGGAUGGCACGCGCUCGAAUGAUGAAGAACUCCUUUGGAUCUGGCUCCCGAUUCCGUCGCCCUCGUGUGCCAAUGAGUGCCAUCGAACUCAUCGAUCUAGCCAGUAUGGUCUUCAAGUUGCACACCGAUACUCACACGAAUAACAUAUUCAUGGACGCUGUGACAGUCAAUCUUGCGGUGCUCCACGAACUCGAUGCCUGGUGUGCAGAGCAGUGGAAUCUGCUAAGCGAUCAACAUUCAGAAAUCUGCGAGCGUCAAGAACGAUCGAAUGACAGUGGAUUGGCGGAGGAGCGUGUAACAAUAGCCCAUGAGAUAAGGGUCUUGUGGCGUCGGCGUGAGAUACUCUUUUUGGAGAUUGGGAUUUCGGAAACUGCUAGGAAGAGGCUCGAUACAGCGAGGCAUGCCACAGAACUUAAGGGCAAGUUGUCGAGCACUCUGACGGAGAGUGAGCGCCAACACAACGAGGAGGCAUUGAAAGCCUGGUACGGAGAGUGGCUGGUCCUUCGGCACGCCAUGUUGAUCGCUGCCACGAAGGUGCAUCAACAGACGGGCGACAAGGAGUUUUUCAAACGGCACCAGUACGAGCUGUGGGACCUUGUGGACGCCAGGCUGGAGUAUUAA